UGCGACUUCGCGUGCAGCAAACACAGGAAGAUCGUGAUUGCGAUCCGAUAUCAGAGUCCUGUCAACUGCAUUAAUUGCUACAUGAAGCUUCGCAGACCGGAUGCAUCAGAUGCACCGCUGCCACAAUGUCCACUAAAGCUAUAUUCCGCACAGCACCACACCUACGAAAGGCUACUCGUACCGCACUCUGCACCGCCCGAGCAUUCCACAUCUUCCGCGAUGUUUCUCCGCUCCGCCAGCACCGCCGCGAUCUGCUCCUUAACGGCCAGAGUGUUGGUCUCGUGCCCACUAUGGGAGCUCUGCACGAAGGACACAUCUCUCUAGUCAGAGCUGCGGCAGCAGAGAACAGUAAGGUGUUCGUAUCGAUAUACGUGAACCCCACUCAAUUCGGCGUCAACGAAGACCUCGAGAGCUAUCCGAAGACAUGGGAAGCAGAUCUCGAAAAGCUCAAAGCCCUGGACCGCGAGCUCGAAGCCAACGGGCAGGGACGAGUCGAUACCAUAUUCGCACCUACCACGAAGGUCAUGUACCCGACACUGCCGCCCGACUCUACGCUGCCAGGAGUAGGUUCGUUCGUGACAAUCACGCCUGUUGGCGAGCUGCUUGAGGGCAAGACCAGACCUGUGUUCUUUCGCGGCGUAGCAACCGUCUGCAUGAAGCUAUUCAACAUCUUUCAAGCCGACCGGGUAUACUUUGGCCAGAAAGAUGUCCAGCAGACUGUCAUCAUCAAACGCAUGGUCAAGGACUUCCACAUCAACACAGAGGUCCGUAUCAUACCCACAGAGCGCGAGCCGGACGGUUUGGCCAUGAGCAGUAGGAAUGUGUACCUUGGUGAGAGACGGCGACGUGUCGGUGUGGUGCUUUCGCAAGCGCUACGGGCAGCAGAAGCAGCUCACGAUAUGGGAAGGAGAAACAGAGACGAGAUCCUAGCAUACUCCUGGGACGUGGUCAACCGGAUGCAGAUGGCACAGGAUGGACUGGCCAUUGAGGAAAGAGCGCCAUUUGAGGUGGACUACAUUUCGCUAGCGGACCCGGAGACGAUGGAAGAGGUGGACACUGUGGACAGCGAGAAAGGUGCGAUCUUGAGCGGUGCCAUCAAGAUGCACGCUCUGGAUAAUGUCCAAGAAAAAGAGAAGCUAGGUUUGGGCGAUGACAAGGUGCCCGUGAGGCUGAUUGACAACAUUCCGCUGCCGCCGAAGAAGGCAUGAAUGAGACGUAGAGAAUAAUCGGAAGGCUGGCCGCGAUGCCCACGCAAGACUACGAAUGCUCGUUCCUGAGCCAUCUUGUGAAAGCAUGCCAGAAGCUCACAGUGGCCCACGGCCCAGACAGACCAUUUAGCCAACAUUUCUCCUCGAAAUGUCACAUAAUUUAGCCUUGGCAGGCGCUUCCGCU